AUGGAAAUUACUUCUGACGAAGAAGGAAAUAGCACAAAUGGAAAGAUCAAUAAAAGCCCAUCCAAGUGUGCGAACAUUUCGGGGGUAUCCUCCGAGUCGAUUUUUGGUGCAAGGAAAAGUAGCGACGAUCGUGAUGGCGACUACAAUGGUGGUGACUGCUAUGGUGAUAUUGCAUAUGACCCCCCCGUGGGGGGUUCUCCACACGGUACCAUUAGCGAAGGUGUAAGCUUCUACGAUGCGAAAAGCAUAAAUGGGGAAAAGGGGCAUUCAGAAAUGAAAUUCAACAGUGAGGAGGAGGAGCACGCGGAGGACCAGCUAAAAGGGAAUAUUAAUGAAGGGGGGUUGCUACAUUGCGACGAAAUAAACAAUUCCUACACAGAUGAGGAAUUGGAAAAAUUUUUUGAGGAUGAAGAAAAUGAAUUAGACGCAAUGAAGAACAAAUCUGCGCAUUUAAUGCAGGGGCACCGUGUAGUAGACAAUUCUGUUUCGAUAAAAGGUGGGACAUGGCUACCAACGGGGCACGAUAACCAUCUAGACGAAAAAGGCAAUAGCAAUUUCUUAUGGGAUGAAGAAUGCAAAAAUUUAUGCAGCAAUGAGGACUUGCCCCCCUCGGUACAUGGUGAAGAGGGUGGAAUGAAACCAUUUGAAGAAGAUAAGGAGGAAGGAUCAGAGACCUCCUCCCACAGUAAUAUCAUUGUCAACAAAAGUUACGAGAGGCAUUUUACGUUGGGUACUAAGAAGCUGACAAUAAAUACAGACGUGACAGACACCAAGGAUUUGGGAACCGAAAAAAAUGAUGAUUUAUCCUUUAUGAGCAACUCGUCGCACAGUUCUGCGAAGUUGAAUUUGGUAGAGGAGGAGAAACAGGAAGAGUCAAGUGGGAGUAAUAAAAACGGAAAAAUGAAAGAGGAAAAAAUAAAGCGCGAAGAUGCAGAGACUAACUCCGUGGAAGGGCAGACAUCGAAAAAUGAAAAUUUUCAGGGAGACGAGUUAGGUAGUGCACAAGAAGAUGACAUCACAAGCAUGAAUGAAGAUAAGGUGAAGGAAGAGAGAGCGAAUUUGUGUGAAGCGAAAAAGGAAGGUGAAGAAAAAGACGAAGUGGGAAAUGAGAAGUUGAACAAGCUGGACAGUGUACAUUAUUUUGAAAAAAAGGAAUCUCAAGAAAGUGGAAAUAAUUCGAAAUAUUUAUUUAAAAAAAAAAAAAUUCAUGAAGAUCAAAGCACCCCCUUGUGGUAUAAACACAAAAGGCACUUUUUUAUUUUCACCUACUCAGGGAAACCAGUCUUUACAAGAUAUGGUAAUGAAGAAAAUUUGACAAGUUUUUAUGGGACCCUAUUAGCAAUUAUAUCAAAAGUUGAAUCCUUUUCCUUUUCAGAUUAUAGUACUGAUACAAAGGUAAAUAAAAGGUGCACAGGAAUGUACAGAAAAAAUUCUUUAAAAUAUAUUAUUUGUAAAAAUACUAAGGUGGUUUAUUUGGACAAGGAAGUUUUAUGUUUAGUGUGCAUUUCUAAGGCUAAUGAAAGUACGAAUUAUAUUUUGAAGAUUUUAAAUUAUAUGUAUUUUCAAAUUAUAUCUUUAUUAACCAAAAGCAUUGAAAAAUCUUUUCAAAUAAAACCUUCAUUUGACGUAAGAUAUUUGUUGGAUGGCUCUGAUAUCCUCAUGUGUAAUUUAAUAUCUUCAUGCUCUAGAAAUAUGUAUUCCAUUUUUGAUGGCUUUGAGCCCUUGCCAUUAAAACAGGAUUAUCGGAACAAAAUUCACAAUUUGAUUUCUUCCUUUAAAAUUAACAACGUCUUGUUGUCCUUCUUAAUUGUGCAUGAUAAAAUUAUAGGAAUAUCUGUAUCGAAGUAUGCUAUCCACUCGAUGGACAUCAUCAUCCUCAUCAAUAUGAUAACUUCCAUGAAAUCCUUUAAGAAUGCCGAAUCGUGGACACCCAUUUGUUUGCCUAUUUAUAACCCAAGCCUUUUCCUGUACGCCUACAUCAACUACAUUAGAAAAAAAAUCUGCUGCGUUUACAUCUGUUCGCAUGCGUCGCCCCGAGACUUUUUCCACCUUUCCAGACACACCUCCAUGAUUGAAACGGUGCUAAUCAGCUCGGGUUGUUACGAUGAAAUUGUGAAAGCGUCAGACAACUCCCCAUUCACGCUCCCAGAAAUUCCUGGAAUCGACAUCAUUCACGUGUGUUACUACAUCCCAUACCUAAAGCAAUACUAUAGCUCCAAAAUUAGUGUGGAUAAGGUGAAAAGAAUUUUGAGAGUGUACCAAAAGUGCGACGACAUAUUGAGAGAUUCCAAAUUACCUGCUCAAAUAUACCUGGAAGCGGAGUAUGAAAAAUUCUACUGCAUCAAGACGAAUCUGUAUCACUUAUAUUUGUCUGUCCCUUUUCAUGUUGAAGUGAACGAUGAUAAUAUUAAUGAAAUUUUAAAAGUUAUAUCGGCUCAUCAUAAGGAAAUAUUUAUUAACAACAUAAAGCAGAUUACUUCAUAA